CACUGCCACCACAUAGUCUACACGAAGCCAUCUCUUUAAACAACAGAGUCUUGAUUUGCAAAAUGGCCAUGACAAUGCAAGAUCUGAACAGCUCUUAUGAAAUGGAAGACGAAAUAUGUGAGAACCAGGACGUGGUACAGUUUGAAUCCUUUGCCAUCCCAGCUUUCUUCGCACUUGUCAUCACCCUGAGCCUUGCUGGAAACAUCCUGGUCCUAGUAAUCUUGGCUUUGUACGAAAAUGUCAAGUCUCUCACAAAUAUUUUUAUCCUCAACCUGGCCAUUUCUGACCUUGUAUUCACCACCUGUCUCCCCUUCUGGGCCAUCUACCAUGUAUAUGGGUGGGUUUUCUCUGAGGCAGUUUGUAAAAUAGUGUCUUUUGUCUUCUUCACUGGAUUUUACAGUAGCGUGCUCUUCCUGACUGUGAUGACAAUCUAUAGAUACAUUGUUGUGGUUCACCAUUUCAGUGACUUGAACAACCAAAAGAAGCACACUGGAAUUUUGGUCAGUGUUUUUAUGUGGAUGUUAAGUAUCGUGGCGGCCUUACCCUCUCUCCUCCACACUACUGUCAUGGUUAGUCCAGAUGAAAACGAUACCUCAAGUUGCAGUUAUGAAACACAGGCGUGGCAGACCAUCACAACUUUUCAACAAAACAUUUUCUUCCUGGUCGCUUUUGCAGUGAUGGCUUUCUGUUACAUUCAGAUCCUAUCUAAAAUAAAACAGACCCAGCAUAAGACCAAAAACAGAGCAGUGAAGUUAGUUUUCUCGAUUGUCACAGUAUUCUACAUCGGCUGGAUCCCGUAUAAUGUGGUCAUCUUUCUGAAAAUUUUAGAAAAUCAUUUAGUUCCACCAUUUCACGAGUGUCAAGCAGCCAUCUAUUUGGAGUAUGCAUUUUGUUUUUCUCGCCUGGUCGCCUUCUCCCACUGCUGCUUGAACCCUGUGUUUUAUGCUUUUGUUGGUGAGAAAUUUAGGAGCCACUUGAAAUCAGUGUUGUGUUGUUUCUUCACCCGUAAAACUGUGAAUGAAGAGCAGCCAGUGAAAAUGGAGAAUCCAAACUCCCAAGGAUCAAUGUACUAG